UUCGGUUUGUUUGUUUGCACUUUGCUUGGUUGUUCUGAUGUUAACUGUUAAUAUAUAAUACAUUUGCCUUACAAUAAUUGCUUUGAUAAAGUCCCUGUGUCUUUAUAAAUAAACAUUUAUUUAUUUCUCAAGUAAAUCUCGACAUGUCAAAUAAUAUUAAUCCUUUAGUCGGCACAGCACAUCUACUUGAUGAAUUGGAUAAAAAACUUAUGGUACUUCUUCGAGAUGGACGAACACUUAUUGGAUAUCUACGAUGUGUUGAUCAAUUCGCCAACCUUGUUUUACAUAAAACUAUUGAAAGGAUUCAUGUUGGAAAAGAGUAUGGAGACAUACCGCGCGGAAUUUUUAUUGUAAGAGGUGAAAACGUAGUGCUUUUAGGGGAAAUAGAUAAAGACAAGGAAGAUAAUUUGCCUUUAGCAGAAGUGUCAGUUGAUGAUAUACUUGAUGCACAAAGAAGGGAGCAAGAUGCAAAGAUAGAACAACAGAAGUUGUUGUCGAAGGCAUUAAAAGAAAGAGGACUAAAUUUAUUAGCAGAUCUAGGACAUGAUGAUAUGUUUUAAAUUAAGUAAUAAGACUUUUUUCAUUGUUACUUCAAUUAUUAAUUUUAUAAAACAUUCUUAUUUUAUUCA